AUGGGACAAGGUCGCAAGGGCCAGGAUACAACCCAGUUCGCCAGCCUUUGUCUAGCAUUGCCUACCCCUGCCUUCUCCGUCGACAAGGGACCCUCUUUGCGUCUAUACGCCCGCGACCAGUCAUACAAGCAAAUACAGCCACAGAGUUCCGUUCCUGUUGGUGGUCCAUGUCUAGGCGAAAUCCUUCGCGGCCUUUUGGGCACAGGCAGAAUCGGUGUCCCGUCUGCGAAGCGCUCGACUGCAUCUCAUCUCUUUGCGCAUUUGGGCAGCAUUAUUCGCCUAGCUAAGGCAGUCUUGCAAUGCUACUGCGUGAAGCCUAGACCUACGGCCGCAACAACGCAGAUAUGUAGCAGUAUACCGAUUAUCAGCCCACCGCAUGCAUCGGCCGUUAUAACCGAGGCCCUGAUCGACUACAAGGCUGAUUGA